AUGCGUUUGAAUGAAUUUUCAUUUCUCCUCUUGGGCUUCGCUACUGUUGCAGAUUCAGCACUCAUCCCACAGCCCUACCAACAAUCAACUACAAGUCUCACCCAAGUCUACCACACUUCAACCGAAAUUAUUCUAUUUCAAGAGACUGGUAGACCUAUAGGUAGUGCACUGGCUACUAGAGCAGAAUCUAACUAUAGCUCUAUACCCAAUCCUGUAUCCAAGGGUAAUUUUACUGUGAAACUGUUGACCGAUCCAAUUGUAGUUGAAUCCAUUACCCGUGGGACCACAGUCGCCUGCUUAAAUUGCUCCACGAGUACGCUGGGGGUACUUUUCUACCGCAGGGAUGCAACUACUUCUGGAUGCUCCACUUCUGCAGCCACUGGUACCUUCACCAAUCUUGUCGAAACCACAGUAUACAGAACAAGUACAGACUUUGUGGCAUGCACUGAAUGCAUUGAAAAAGCCAACUCUGGGACUGCUACUAUUCUACUCUCAUCAAAAUUAGUGUCCACUGAACCUUCAGCUAUCACCCUAGAGACGACAUUACUUGAGGUAACUUCAAAUACUGUGACUUGUUCUGAAUCAUCUAGUUCAGUCCUUGCUAAGACUUCUAUCAACAUGGCAGAAACAACGGUCUCUAAGACAAGUAAAGAGACAAUAACUUACUCUGAAUCAUCCACGUUAGUAUUUACCGACACUUCUACCAAUAUUGUAGAAACUACACUACAUGAGACAGAUACAGUGACAGUGCCAUGUGAUGAAUGUUUAGAAGAAGCAAGUACAUCAUUCCUUACUUCUUGCACAUCUGUGAUAGAUAGUUAUACUCUAUCUCAAUCUCAAGUGGCUGGCACUACUAAGUCUUUCUCCCCCACUCUGGUAACUACAGUCAGUACAAUUACUUUCACAACUAGUACCAUCUCUUCCUUAAAAUCAAUAGCAGGAACAUCGCAUGUGAUAUCUGUCCCAGUGACUUCAACCCUAACCACUAGAUCAUCAACCCUGACGACUUCAAGCUCUACUGGACUGGCAUAUUCAAAUGGGUAUGAAGGAGAUCUUUUCGUAAUGGUUUCGGACGAUGUACCCUCUGAUACUUUUAAGAGAGAAGAGCUUCCACUUGAAUUACCAUCAUGUGUGUCUAACGAUGGCUCUCCAUUCCAAACAAACAAAUUCUAUGUUAAUUUAUUCUUGGGUACUCAAGAUUCCCCCAUUUAUGUUUCUCCGUAUAACUUAAACUAUAUUGAUACAGAGGGUAUUGGAAUUCAAAACAAUAAUAUAUCCAAAAGAGUAUUUGGUACUGAGGAUACCAACAAUCCUGAAUACGCCUCUUACUACUAUAAUCCUAUUGAUCUUGAACAGUUGAUAAUCACCUCCUCUAGCUUUUCCAAUGGCGUUUCUUUGUGCGUGAAUACCAUGAAAGUUAACUCAGUCAAUAUUCAACUCUCAGUUGACGAUGAUACAAUAAAUUACAUAGAAUUCCCAAUUGUACAAGGAAUGGGAUUUGUGACUUCCAUUUAUCAUGGUAAUUUAAUUCCAAAAAUUUCUACAUUAACAGGAAUUCAGGAAUUAGCUUACUUUGGAAAAGUUUCAGACACAAUUGAUAGGUAUAGCGUUACACUUAGUGAUUCUACUACGUGGCUCAUAUAUGUUACCCAUACCUCAGCAAGUGACACUUUCAGUCUUUAUGUUGGUAGUGACGCCGGCGUGUACUACAUUGAGGGAACUGAGCCUGGAAAUGGAGUAAUUAUCCAAGUCGCCUUUGCACCAAGCGAUUCACUGCUUAUAUCAAUUUACGACCAAUCCGCUGGAAUUUAUGUGACCGAAGCUUCAGUCUUUGGUGAAUCGUAUGAUUCGGGGACUUACGCAGAAUAUGGUUUCAACUAUAGCACACUAGGCUCGAGCCUCUCAGAUGAACCUCUAGUUUUCGUUUUUCCACAUGUUAAUGAUUCACUAGUCUCUCCCAUCGACUCAACAGGCCUAAUUUUACCCUCAGCAACAAAGGGAUAUAUGACUGGUUAUUUGUCAAAUAUUUUCAUCAUGGGAGAAGAUUUAGAGACGAAUAUUCAAUUCUUACCUUGGAGUGAGCAAAUCAAAACGCCUGAUCUAGAUUAUUCAAUUAAUCAAUUGAAAUUGAUAGCUUCUGCUGCAAAUGACGAAUUGCUGGUCGAUAUUGCAGACGUGGUUGCCGCUCAAGAUUCAAAUUAUUUUUCAGGUAAAGUGCUUGACAAAUAUGCAUAUAUAUUACUUGUUUUGGAAGAGAUUGUUGGAGACGAGUCGUUAACCAAGGCAACUUUGGAAGCGAUUCAAGAAGCUUUUGAAAUAUUCACUACCAAUGAACAAUACUAUCCUUUUAUUUAUGAUACAAAAUUUUGUGGGGUAACCAGCUCUGCAUCGCAGGGAGGGGAUACAGGUGCAGACUAUGGGUCUGGGUAUUAUAAUGAUCAUCACUUUCACUAUGGCUAUUAUGUCCAUGCUGCUGCAAUCGUUGGGUAUGUCGAUAAUCUCUACGGAGGUACGUGGGUAGAAGAUAACAAAUGGUGGGUCAAUUCCUUAAUCCGUGACGUUGCUAAUCCGUCUGAAGUUGAUACCUAUUUCCCAGUCUCUCGAAUGUUUGAUUGGUAUUCGGGUCAUUCCUGGGCUGCAGGUUUGUUUGAAUCUGGUGAUGGAAGAAAUCAAGAAUCUUCUCUGGAAGAUUACAAUUUUGCUUAUGGCAUGAAAUUAUGGGGACGUGUUCAAGGUGAUAAGCUGAUGGAGAGUCGCGGGGAUCUCAUGUUGUCAAUCAUGAAACGGUCUAUGAGUUAUUACUACCUAUUUAAAGAUAACAAUGAGAUAGAACCUAGUCAAUAUAUAGGUAACAAAGUAGCAGGUAUCUUAUUUGAGAAUAAGCUUGCAUAUACUACCUACUUUGGAUCUCCGGACUUAUAUCCAGAAUAUGUACACGGAAUUCAUAUGCUUCCCAUUACUCCUGCAUCCUCUAGGAUCAGAGAUGCUACAUUUGUUCAACAGGAAUGGACUGAGCAAAUAUCAGGAUUUGUUGGAAAUGUCAAUACUGAAUGGCUAGGUAUCCUUAUGUUAAACCAAGCAUUAUAUGAUCCCGAAAGCUCCUAUGGAUUUUUCUCUGGUUCAAGUUUCAGUACCCUGUACUUAGACGAUGGAAUGAGCCUCACUUGGAGCUUGGCCUUCAGUGGAGGGUUAAUGAAUUCAGUAUAA